GUCCGCUCGGCCUCGCAGCGCCGUCGUAGCUCGGAGACGUCGGCCAGUCAGGGCUCGUCCUUCGCCGGGAAAGCAUCGCAGCCUCAGCCGCGCGGCGCCGCUAUCUCAUCAUCAUCUCCCAUCAUCCUCAGCAGCCCACUGCAUCCCCAUCGCAAGCUCGAGAGCCGCAAGCAAGCUGCACACCCAGCGAGUUCGCCGAGACGAGAAGAGACGAGACGAGACGAGACGAGACGAGGAGCAUCCGCGAUCCGCGAGUUCGGAGGCACGAGCAGCGCAGCGAGGUCGCCCUAGUUUCGCCGGCCUUUCGAGUGCAGAGUCGCAUCGUCGUCGACGCGGGGCUGCGAUCCCAGGCACGAGAAUUCCGGGGAAUCCGUCCAGCGGUCGCGCGCGGGGGGCUGCAGCGCCGGGCUGAUCUCGCAGCCGAACCCUACAGUGUAGAGGCGGGCAGGCAACAGGACAGAGAAACAGCGAGAGAGUGAGAGAGAGAGAGAGAGAGAGAGAGAGAGAGAGAGAGAGAGAGAGAGAGAGAGGCAACAAGACAGCAGCCGCACUAGUCAAUCGGGAGGUAAAAUCGAUAAGCCGGUACGACGAUCGAGUCACUGGGCUUGCGGCAGGCCCUGCGGCUUCUACGGCGACGGCUGCUUGGUGACAGGAAUUGGUCCUUCCGUGGCGAUUUACGGCAACACCCCCAAAACGGCCAACCCUCGUCGUCGUGGUGCUGCCGGGGACCCGCAGUACGCCGCGGAGCUUCGCGAGAGGGAGACACCGGAUCGGCGAGAUCCGUCUCGGCCCGACUGGCCGUGCAAGAGAUGGAGGACAAGGCGUCCUCGCGCUUCUCCGAAUAUCUCUUUGCCAAAAUGGACGGCCAGGACGUCUCGGCCUCGCAGGGUCCCCGUAAGAUGACCGCCGACACCAGGAAGUGGAUGCGUGACAACCUUCUUCUCAUGGUCACCCUCUCCGGCGUUGUUCUUGGUGUCGUACUAGGAUUUGGCUUGCGACCACUGGGCUUUGGCGGAGACGCUGUGAUGCUGAUCAGCUAUCCAGGAGAACUAUUUAUGAGGCUUUUAAAGUUGAUGAUUCUUCCGCUUGUCAUCGCUAGUUUAAUAUCUGGGUCAGCCAGCUUAAAUGCUCGCAUGAAUGGAAUGAUCGCCGUUCGUACGUUGGUAUAUUUCAUUCUGACGUCCUUGUUGAACGCUAUUCUGGGGGUCAGCCUAGUUCUUCUCAUUCACCCCGGCAAUCCUGGCUUGCGGGAAUCGAUACCACCCUUGGCACAAGCUAGAGCUGUAAAUAUUUUGGACAGCCUACUGGAUCUCGGAAGGAACAUGUUUCCGGAUAACUUAUUCCAAGCAGCUUUUCAACAGGCUCAUACAGUUUACGUGCCAAAGAAAACUAACUUCCAGAAUAACAGCGAUCGAUCAACAGAUCCUGAAAUGGUCGGAGAGGAAGAAUUGAUAAGAGUUGUGCAGUACCGAAGUGGUACCAAUACUUUGGGAAUCGUAUUUUUCUGUUUGGUUUUUGGCACUUUUCUUGGAACGCUUGGAGAAAAGGGUCACGUCGUCAUCGAUUUUUUCAAAGCCGUGUUUGAAGUCAUAAUGAGAAUGGUAUCAACUGUUAUGUGGAUGACCCCAAUAGGAAUCACAUCGGUGAUAGCUGGUAAAAUCCUUGGAGUGGCGGAUCUUUCGCUGGUGAUGUCCCAGCUAGCCUGGUUUAUCAUCACGAUUGUCAUCGGAGUGUUUUUCUAUCAACUAGUGAUAAUGCAGUUAAUAUAUCUGAUCAUCGUGAAGAAGAACCCAUUCAAGUUCUACGCUGGUCUUGCCCAGGGUACUCUCACCGCCUUCGCCAUGGCAUCAACGGCUGCUGCACUACCGGUGACCUUCCGACUGAUGACGGAAAAGCUAAGAGUCGAUCCAAGGGUCACGAGAUUCGUCCUGCCCAUCGGUUGCAAUAUUAACAUGGAUGGCACUGCUUUGUUCGUUGCUGUUGCUAGUAUCUUCAUCGCCCAAAUGAAUGGCAUUCUACUGGGCUUUGGUGAAAUCGUAACCGUCGUGUUGACAUCAACUGCAGCAUCUGUAUCUUCAGCCUCUGUACCAAGUGCAGCGCUAGUUCUACUUUUGGUUGUUUUGAGUGCGAUCGAUGCGCCAGUUCAAGACGUUUCAUUGCUCUUUGCCAUUGAUUGGUUUGUGGAUCGCGUUAGGACAACGAACAACAUGUUAGGCGACUGUUACGCAGCUGCCGUUGUUGAGCAUCUAUCUAAAAAAGAACUUAUGGCUUUGGACGCUGCAGCAUAUCAAUCCGAGACAAUUCUUCCUACCACAAUCGCCAAUGGCUGUAUAUCGGCAAACAGAGUUCCAGAUCCAGAUACAGUUGUCGUCGAAAUGCAGGAUGAGACAAAAAUACCCGGCAUCGCCAAGUAAACAUGCUUGUUGCAUCAAUGAGAGCAACCCUCUUCGGAAAGUAACGGAAGAAACCGUUUGACUCAAAAUACACAACGGAUUUCUGAAAAUAAUACGGUUGACACAAACUUUCAAUAAAAUGUCAGUGUUGUUCUGUACUGAUAACGAAUAACGACCGUACAACAUUGGUACAACUUCCAACAUCAUAUUCUUUCACCAAUGUUGUACGGUCGUUAUUCGUUAUAUAUAUAUCCGCAUACAUAUGUGUACGAGCAAAGAUUAUUUGCUACUUUAAAGAAUUCAUAUCUGACGAAUUCCUUGAAAGUCGUGCUCAAAAACAUCAGAGGUCUUAAUAUCAAAAGCGCUAUAAAGCUUGACGAACGAAUAAGACAUAUAAACUAAUGUAUCUUUGAUAACCCGUGAUUUUUUGAGUCAAUUUGAAGUAAAAGGUUAUAUGAAACAUAAAAAAGCGAAUAAUGCGUGUUCUUGAAUAAACACUAGCAAAACUUUGACAUUGGACAAAGACUCUGUACGGGGAAUUUAAUGAUGAACGCAAUUUUUCUUCGAUGUACGUAUCACACGCAGACUGUGUGGUUUAAAAAACUUUAUUUUAGUUCAAAAUCAGAGAUAAGUACACAUUCAUGCAAAACUAUAAGAAAAUAGUAAUGCUUAUCUUGACAGCAAAAGUCAAUUUGUCGAUCAUACCAGAUGUAUAUGUACGCGAAAGCCUACAAGUUAUACUGUGUAUAAUAAUUGCAAAUUUACUGAUCGUUUAUAAUCAUUAUAAGUUGUACAUGCGUAACCUCAAACGAUGUUCACACAAUGUCAAAUUUGUUACCAAGUCCUUCCCAAAGAUCACCAAUUAAACAACAAUAAUGUUAGAGCGACGUUUACACGUCUUAUAUAUAAUGAUGUAUACUUACAUAUAAUUAUUAUGUGUUUCAAACGUAGCGUUUUGUGUAGUCGUGUGCGCUGCUCCGAUCUCGUAGCGCACCGAUUCGUGGUGCCUUAUUUCAAUGCGCCGACCGUUCCGGUGCGAUGAAAGUAUGUAUUUUAAAGAGUUUUGUUCUGCAUACGUGUGCAUUUGUUCAUCUGGUGCUUACCAUCGAAUGUCGACUUCGUCUGCAGGAACGUCGAUUUUAACGCCGAAUAUCAGUAUAAUUUAAUCUGUAAAGUCAAUGUAUCCCUUAAAGUAAGAACUGAUGAUCAAUCCAGAAUGAACCUGCAGAUUAACUGAGCUUUAUUUGUCGUACGCUUAUAUGACAGUGUAGUACGAGCAGUUUUCACUCGUGUAAAUCAAAAAAAUGUAAAAAACAAAAAACAAAGUCAGAGGAAGUAAGAAAACGAGUCCAGAGCUGCGUUAUAGCUGCGAUUUUUUCCAUACUUGUGAAAGGUGCGCGUAUUUUUUCGCGAAAUUGGCAUAAAAUCAGCACUGAAAAGUGUUCAUUUUUCUACAUAUAAAACCGGGAUCUCAACAUAUUCAAGAAGUACAGAGAAACUUGAGAAUUCAUUAGAGCUAUUACUUACUUACUCACUUACUCAAGAGUCACGCGAUUUUUCGGAAAUUUGACGACAGACUGAUUCUCUACGAAUACACGAAAUGGACACACCAAGUAUAACGAAUGUAUAUGUAUUGUACGAAUAUUUGGGAAAGAUGCACGUGCAGGUGGAAUGAGAGAGAGCGAGACUGGUUGUUAAUCGUUUUACUGGCGCACCUUUUACGACAGCACGGUAGGUUUGAUUCGCCUUUGCCAGUGUUCCCAUUAGGAGUUAGCAGUAGCAUAUACGUACACAUGUAUUUUAUAUUGAGACAAUCGAUUAAAUUCGAUUAAAAGUUCAUCACAUUAAUGUAAGUAAACAAAAAGUAGUCAAGCUACACACACUGUAAUGUAUAAGUUACCAAGACUUCAAUUAUACAUGGCGAGUCUUCAUCCAAUUGGGUUCAAAUUUGUCGUUCCGUAGCCUGGCGAUGAUUUGUUAAUGACUCUGUGAAAGCAUGAGUGUAAAAUUGUUAACCAACCGGUCACCGGGUAUAUUGUUGAACAAGCCUCUACAUGUUCCUUAUCUAUUCGUUAUUGAGUGUUCUUGCAAUAUAGACUGACAUACGCGUCUCUCGACCCCCUUGUAAACCUACUUAUUAUUAUUAUUAUUAUUAUUAUUAUUGUUAUUGUUAAUGUUAUUAUUAUAUUACAUAAUUUAAUUGAUGUAUUUCGAUGGUACAAGACAGGCGAUAUGACACACGACAAAUACAAUAAUAAAAAAUCUUUUAAAUUAUUCGAAAUUUCAGAAUUUGGUCUUUACAAUGUUAAGUGCUCAUGCAAACGAAGUCGCGGGAGGCGAACAAUUGCGAGAUCGUCCGGUCAGGAGUAACCUUUGUUAUUUAAAUUCGAGAGUUAUUAAAAAAAAUAUUGCGAGCAAACUUUGCGACGCGGUUCACGAACACUUAUACACUUUAAUUUAUGUAGAGUAUAUCAUCAUGUACAUGCAUAAUUUAACCGUACUACUCUAGAUUAUUAUAUUAUACAAGUUCAGCGAGUUGCGUGGCAAAUAUUCGUCGCUAUACGACGUUGUAACAAUAACGGUUGCGAUAAAAUUAGCAAUAGUUUUGAACACCUAUUCAAACAUUUGAACAGUUAAACAGUAUAGAAGAACAUACUACUAAUUUUAAUUGUCAAGUAAUAUGACAAGCAUGAUAAAAUUGAUUUUCGUAAGAAAAAAGAAAUAAAACAGAGAAGGCGAAUUCAACUUCACACUACACUAUAGGAUGUUAUAUAAUAUAUUAUGAGACGAAACGGAACGAAGGCUUUUGCUUCGGGGAACAAUUUUUCGUAUUCAACAAAUAAAUACUGCGUAUAUUAAUGAGAUUUAAGAGAAAACCAAUAAGAGGACUGAACCCUUAUAAUCGACAUCUGCCGCGGGGUGGGUCGUCAUUUUAGAAAACGCAUUUUUGAAACCAGUUGUACAUGUGUACAUACAUUUAAAGCAAAAGCUAUCGAUUUCGAUUUCUUUCGUGGAAUCUAUAAGUAAGCAGCGAGAUACGGUGCGCCCUGCUCGCGAGGGCAGAGAUUCAGAGAACAGAUGAAAUGGAAUGUAAAAAAUGCGUUAUUUCCGCUUUUGUCGUUCAGCGUUACACAUUAUAAUAUGAUAUGUAGACAACUGUAAGAUUAGCUAGUCACGAGGUUCUCAAUGAAGAUGCACAGGAGUUUUUCUAUAGGAAAAAUUGGCAAGCUGUGUGUGCUGGGUGCUAGAGCGUCUGCUCAUCCAAGACCUGAUAUCAGAUCAUUACAUGUUGUACAUGUACAUAAAUUAAAUGUUAAUGAUUUUAGACCGUAACGAUCUAACGUCACAUUAUACUCCACUAUGCAGGUGAUAAACGGCGUCUGUUAUAUAUACAUGUGACAGUAUUUAAGACUCAACGUGUUGUAUAACAAUAUGUAGGUUUGUACGUA